UACACAUCUGCAUAAAACACGCAAUGUCGGACGUUUCUACUAUCGUGUCAGAUGUGUUCCGUCUGUACGAGGGCCCCGGGCACACAGGAUACCUUGGGGAAGCGGUCACAAAGACGGAACACUCCAUACAGUGCGCCAUGUUGGCGGAACAGGAAGGAGAGUCAGACGAAGUUGUAUUAGCAGCUUUCCUUCACGAUAUAGGCCACUUGAUCGGCGUUAGUCAGGGGUUACCGGAAAUGAUCACAGGUGGUGUGAAUAUUGGGACGCAGAAACAUGACAUCAUAGGUGGAGAAUAUCUACGUCACAAAGGUUUCCCAGACCUUGUGUGCGACAUUGUUGCUGGACAUGUGAAAGCCAAGAGAUAUCUAGUUUUAAUAGAGGAUGGGUACUAUGAAAAUUUGUCAGAUGCUAGCAAGAAGACCCUUGUUCACCAAGGUGGGACUAUGUCUGCAAAAGAAGCAAACGAAUUCGAGUCGUCUGAUACAUUUGACGCCAUUAUUCGCAUGCGCAGAUGGGAUGAGCUGGCAAAAGACACAAACGUGGUUCAUCAACCUUUGUAUAAAUAUAGGCAUUUAUGUGAAAAUGUGUUGUCGAAGAAUAAAUAAGUCACUAGUUAACCAGGUUUUCAAAAUCGUA